AUGUCUGGAACACAGACAGCAGUCAUGGAAGCAAAGCUGGCUGGAUCAGACACAUGUCUGAAGUCCAGCAACGACCUCAUUGCCAGCUUCAAUUUCUACGCCUCACCUGACAAGCCUGACAUUUCCGAGAUCGCCUCCAUCUUUGGAGGAACAUCUCGGCGUCUCAAAGCAGUUCCAUGUCCUGAGACAUACGUCAUCUCUCCUUCCGCCGCAGCCUCUUCAGUCCCGGACUUCUUCGACAAUGACUACGUACAAGAACGCUACUGGCCGGAGCUCACCACUGCCUUGAGAUCCCAGCUCGGUUUGCGAAGUGCGAUCGCCAUGAACACAACAACUAGGGACGUGAGACCAGAGACAACAGCAAGAGAGAUCAACCACCUUAAUCCGCGUGAGGACAAGAAAAGUCUCGGUGGCUUUUUCGUUGUGCACGGUGAUUACUCGCCUGCUGGAGGGCGAGCUCACCUGCGGCAUGUGCUGCCAACAUUCUUCGACGACACGAAAUGCCUGGAACCAAUCACAACUCCAGAGGAAAGGACGAAGUUCUUCCAGUUGUGGAAUUCGAUCCAAGCUGCCGAGCAGCAAGCUAUUCUUGAAGAGCAAGGCGGCACGGAAGAGCAACACAUGUGGGCAUGGAGUGGACGCAAUUACACCGGUCCUCGCUGGGCGAUUUUCAGCGUCUGGCGGCCAUUGGAAGUCGUGCAAAGUGAUCCUAUGGGCAUCAUGGAUGCGCGCUCUUUCUUUUCUUCAUCUAGCCUCCACGAAGAUGGAGAUCAGUAUGUUAUCUACGAUCGCACUUACAAGGAUCGCCCUGGCUUUACAUCAAGCUACCGAAGCGAAAACAUUCUGCCAAUUGCACCUUCAGCGACAGCUCCAGUGGAGGCUACCACCCAGCAAGCCUACCGUUUCUUCUGGGUUCCCGAUCAGACGCCUGAGGAAAUUUAUGUUCUGAAGCUGUUUGAUAGCGAAGCGCAGACUAUUCGAGGUAGGCGGGCUGGCGUGGUGGAGUGUGCGCCACACAGCGCAUUCACGCUUCCAGAUCAGGACGGCAAACCGGCGCGGAGGUCGGUCGAAGUUCGCGUCUUUGCGAUUUGGUGA